UCUUAUUUGGAUUGGCUUGCCUCCAAUAUUCUAAUUAAAUCACUCUUUACUUUUUCUUUUGUUUAAUCUUCAUAUGGGGUCUGGUGUUGGGGCUGUGUUUACUUUGAGCUAUCAGUUCAUGAUGGUUUUAGCUUAAUCUCUUGGGUGGGCGAACAGUUCGUUCAUGAUGGUGCCCAAAAGCUUCUUCGUUUUCAUUGUUCUUGCGGUGGAUUGCUUCAUUUUCUUCAGAUUUGUAGAUUCCAAGCUCCCACAAGAAGAGGUUGAUGCACUACAGCAAAUUACGAGAACACUAGGUGCAGUUUAUUGGAAAUUCAAUAGUGAUUCCUGUGUCGUUGAAAUGUUCGGGAUCACAGAAAAGCCUCCCAGGGGAUCUGAGGGUAAAAUUGGUUGUGAUUGCAACGUCGAGAACAGCACAAUUUGUCAUGUCGUAAGGAUAGAAUUCAAACAACACAAUCUGCCCGGUGUUCUCCCACGUGAAAUAGUCAAACUUCCUUUCCUGAAAGAAGUUGAUUUAGCUUACAACUACCUUCAUGGUAAUAUACCUCGGGAGUGGGCUUCAACGCGGUUGACGUCAAUCUCUCUUCUUGUAAACCGGUUAUCAGGGGAAAUACCAGCAGAAUUGGGGAAUAUUACUACUCUAAUAGAACUGAACCUUGAAGCAAACCAAUUUAGUGGUGCAAUUCCAUCACAGCUUGGGAAGUUGAGCAACCUGCAAAGCUUGAUGCUAUCAUCUAAUCAAUUGGCUGGCACGUUGCCAACAACGUUUGCUGGAUUGAAAAACCUAACAAAUUUCCGGAUAAAUGAUAACAACCUCAAUGGAACCAUACCCGACUUCAUACAGAGUUGGACGCUACUCGAAAGACUAGAACUACAUGGAAGUGGACUUCAGGGGCCAAUUCCUGCAAAAAUAUCACUUUUAAGGAACUUAAAAGAAUUGAGGAUCAGUGAUAUCAAUGGGCCAAUGCAGAAUUUUCCUGACUUGACAAACAUGACGGGCUUGGUUAGAUUGGUCCUGAGAAAUUGUAACAUUGCUGGAGAGAUUCCUUCAUAUGUGUGGAUGGCACCAGACUUGCAAAUGCUGGACCUCAGCUUUAACAAGUUGACUGGGGAAAUUCCAGAUGAUACAAACAUGGAGCGCAUGAGAUUUCUCUUCUUAAGUGGCAAUAUGCUGAGUGGGAAACUACCAGAGUCAAUCUUGAAGGAUGGAUCUAAUGUCGAUCUUUCAUACAAUAACUUGACAUGGCAAGGCCCUGAGCAGCAUGCUUGUAGAAAGACUUUGAAUAUGAAUCUGAACUUGUUUCGAAGUUCUUCCACCGGCAUCCCCUUACAGGAAAGUCUCCCCUGCGUGAAGGAUUCCAUCUGUUCAAAAUAUUCGAAAUGUUGGUUCGUCAAUGCCGGUGGAAACGACUUAACUAUGGAGGUAAACAACAAAAGCGUUCUCUACAACGGGGACGCAAAUGUUGAUGGUGGGACAGCAAAACUCUAUACGGAUCAUGAUAGCUACUGGGGGUUGAGUAGUACUGGAGAUUUCAUGGACGAUGAUGAUUUCCAAAAUACGCGCUACACUUUAUCGCUGCUUUCAUCAAAUUUGUCUGAGCUAUACUCAACAGCGCGUCGAAGUCCAAUUUCGCUCACUUAUUUCCAUCAUUGCUUGGAUAAUGGAAACUACUUAGUGAAGCUUCAUUUUGCAGAGUUACAAUUUACAAAUGAUGAGACAUAUACAAGUCUUGGAAGGCGGAAAUUCGAUAUCUACAUUCAGGAUAGGUUGGUAUUGAAGAAUUUUGAUAUUGAAGAGGAGGCUGGAGGAGCACAAAAACCAACAGAAAGGGAGUUUGCUAACGUUAGUGUAAUUAAUCAUGUCCUGGAGAUCCGAUUGUAUUGGGCUGGAAAAGGGACGACUAGGAUUCCUCAAAGAGGAAGUUAUGGUCCACUUAUAUCAGCUAUUUCUGUUUAUUCUGAUGUUAAAUAUUGUUCAAUCCAUGAAAGUGGUAAAACGAAAACUGUAGCCAUCGUCGUUGGAGUUACGGUUGGAGUAUUAUGUGUUGCUUCAAUCAUCAUAUUCGGACUUCUCCGGUGGAAAAGCACCCUUAGAGCAAUCAGGCGCAAUAAAGGCGGUACAGAUCUUGCAGGAAUAGAAGUGCAAACUGGAAUUUUUACCUUGAAACAAAUAAAAGCUGCAACCAAUCAUUUUGAUUCCUGUAAUAAAGUUGGAGAAGGUGGUUUUGGCCCUGUUUAUAAGGGUGAAUUGGUUGAUGGUACCAUUGUAGCAAUUAAGCAGCUAUCCUCCAAAUCAAGGCAGGGAAACCGUGAAUUUCUGAAUGAGAUAGGAAUGAUCUCUUGCUUGCAACACCCAAAUCUAGUCAAGCUCCAUGGAUGCUGCAUUGAAGGAGAUCAACUGUUGUUGGUGUAUGAAUAUCUGGAAAACAAUAGUCUUGCCCGAGCACUUUUCGGUCCGUCUUACAGUCGGCUUAAUCUAGAUUGGCCAACCAGGCUUAGAAUCUGUAUAGGUAUAGCGAAAGGUUUAGCAUAUCUCCAUGAAGAAUCGAGCCUCAAAAUCGUUCAUAGAGACAUCAAAGCUACUAAUGUGUUACUCGAUGGCGAAUUGAAUCCUAAAAUAUCUGAUUUUGGUUUGGCUAAGCUUGAUGAUGAGGAGAAGACUCAUAUCACCACCCGAGUGGCUGGGACCAUAGGAUAUAUGGCUCCCGAGUAUGCGCUUUGGGGUUAUCUCACCUACAAAGCAGAUGUCUAUAGUUUCGGAGUCGUGGCAUUGGAAAUUAUCAGUGGCAGAAGCAACAAUGAUUACGUACCAAGCGAAACUUGUGUUUGUCUUCUUGACUGGGCCUGUCACUUGCAACAAUCUGGGAACCUCAUGGAGUUGGUAGAUGAGAAGUUGAGGUCAGAAAUCGACGGAAAACAAGCGGAAAACAUGGUGAAAAUAGCCCUUCUCUGCACGAAUGCUUCGCCGUCGGUAAGGCCAGCGAUGUCGGAAGUGGUGAACAUGCUGGAAGGAAGAAUGGGAAUUCCAGAGCUAAUCCCAGAACCCAGUAGUUACAAUGAAGAUCUGAGGUUCAAGGCAAUGAGGGAUAUGCGUAAACAGCAACAGAACCAAAGCCUGAGUGGAAGCCAGACCCAAAAUUCCACACAAAAUUCCACAAUGAGAACAUUUGGGUCUUCCUCUACAUCUGGAAAUGAGUUCUAUGAUAUCAACCCAGAGCCAAGAUCAUCAUCAUCAACCUGAACCACAUUGUUCAUAGUCUUCCAAUCUAUCAGUAAGCACAUAUGUUUUGAUGCAUUGUGAGUUUCUGGGCAAGCAUAUCAUGGCAGUGCCUGAGAGUUGAGAUGAAACGAUCGAUCCCCCGGCUACUUUCAGACGAGUUGUGAAAAAAGGACGAUUCUUAAAUCUUUCUCGUCCUUGAUUUUGUACAGUUAUUAUGAUAUGUUUAAUCUAUCGAAGCUGAUUCUUUAGAACAUUUGAAG